AUGGCUUCGUACUACCACUUCAACGCCCACCAGCAACAUCCCACCCCCGCAUCCGCCUCUGCUGUCUCUCACAACCACCAUGGUGGCCGGAAUCGCCGGGGUCCCAGGCUCUCCGUCUCCCAAAACUCCCAGCACAAGCAGUUUCGCGGUGUCCGAAGCAUGAAGGAGCUGUCUGAGUCCCAGUCCGUGUCGAGUUUUCGUUCCAAGUACGAGCUCGGCCGCUCUUUUGACCUGGAGGACGACCUGGAGUUCUGCCCCGGCCUUGUCACCGAAAGCGAUCUGGCUUACAGCGGCUCCGAACGAUCCUCACUCGCCAGCAACUCUCCUACCGGAUCACCAACACAACAGCCCCAACAGGUUGCUGCCUCAUACACCCUGAACUCGUCCUCGCCUGCGUUUCUUCCGCCCUCUUUCCAGACUCACCACUCUCAACCUAAACUACACCAACCAGCCGCUACCAGGGCCCGCAACGCCAUCCCCAUCAUCAACCCUGCCAACGGUCAAGGCCUGACAAUGCCUUCGCCGCCCUCGUCGGUCUCGCCCUCGGUCCGGAUGCAGCAGAGCCUUCGCUCCCGCUGGUAA